AUGGCGGCUUUCCUGUGGGCUAGAAGACUUAACCAAUCUUCUUUCUUAGGGUGUUUUCUGUCUAAUCUCUCCUUUGUAUCCGAAAGCCGUAGUUUUUUUAGGUUAGGUCUGUAUGCUGGAGAUCUCAAAAGUAGAAAACAGGGGCUUCUUCGACGAGAUUUUUCAACUGAAGAGGUGAGUGUAAAUUUUGUAAGGUUUCGAUGCGGUCCCAUGUCACAUUGAUCAGUACCAGUGCUGGAAUGUGAAACUACGUUAUUAUAUUGAUCUCCCAAGAGAUCGCUUUCCCAUCUACGGGAUGGAUUAUUCCACUAAUGUUGGGGUACAAAGAAAUCUUUGGGGAGGGAAGGGGGGGUUCAAGAGCCAUUUCUGAAGGAGUAGCUAUUACGGUACCUUUGAUCAAUCAACAGCAACCCCCUGUCCCUCGAAUAGCAAUGGCGUUUUUCAGGUUUCCUUUUUCCGUGUCCGAAGAAGGGAAUACAAAAUGUCAAAUGUCCGCAUGCAGGUUCGUGGGGGGUGGGGGGGAGGUUAGUGACGGAUAUUGAAAUUAAUUUUUUGUGUGUCCUCCUACUCCAAUUCCAAUUAAUGGAAUGGCUCAUUUCUUAGUAAUUAAAUAAAUUUCUAUCCCAAGGAGUGCUUUAUAACUUUGUCCCUACAUCAGAUAUUCUUAAUCAAAAACAAAAUUUGGGGACAGGGAUUUGCUCUAGGAGACACCUCUGGUGACCAAUAG